ACUCAACAUGAUGCUGAGACUUUGAAAGCCAUCAAAGAAAACAGUCAGGGGUUAGCGGGAAUCAGUGCCGAGCGCAUAUGGACAGAGCUGAAACGAAUAGUCGUUGGUCGCAUGGCAGAUCAUGUGAUUCGGUGCAUGAUAGAGGAAUGUAAGCUACAACAAUAUCUUGGACUACCGGAAAAGUGUGAUGUGGAUCGCUUCGCUCGGGUGUUUACGAAAUACAAGACUGGCCUCGAGCCAAUGCUGAUGAUUGCCUCGCUGUGUGAAAAUCAGAAAGAUAUCGAAUGCUUCCAUAGAAAAACUAAGUUAUCAAAUGCCGAGCGAAUCCUUGGAGAAUUUGUCGUCACUUAUCGACAAGAGGCAGAAGAAGCAUUGUCCAAUAAAAAUGUGGAUUGGUGGAAGGAUAUGAUUGUUGAAUUGGAAGUGACACCUGGUCAUGGUAGGCUCCUUCAAAAUGGUACUCUAUGA